ACAUUUUUCUGUUGAAAUAAUUUUAAGGUUACCUCUUUCUCAUCGUUAAACUUUGGGAAGAUGAAUAUUUAUUGAAAUGAAUAAUGUUUUACCAUCGUUUUAAUAAAGGAUUAAUUACAGGAUUUGAAUGAUUUCAGUCAAUUCAUUAGGGGCAUAAUAAUUGAUGUUGUUUUCUCAUAAUGGAGCUACACGCACAUUUAUUUAUAGUGCUAAGUUUAAUACAAUGUUCGAUACAAUUUUAUGUCCCCGGUAUGGCUCCUACAGAUUUCAAAAAAGGGGAAAUAGUAGAAUUGAAAGCAGUUAAAAUGACAAGUAUUCACACCCAGUUGCCAUUUGAAUAUUAUUCAUUACCCUUAUGUUUACCAAAAGGAGCUAUAGGUAUUCAUUACAAAUCGGAAAAUUUAGGGGAAGUCCUCAGAGGAGAUCGAAUUGUAAAUACUCCUUAUGUAGUUAAAAUGGCUGAGAACACACCAUGUACUCUACUGUGCAAUUCUAACGAUAAGCCAAUUAACUGGAAUCCUAGUCAAUCACAGACUGUUGUUGAUCGUAUACAACAUGAUUAUUAUGUUCACUUAAUAGUGGAUAACUUACCAGCUGCUACCAUCAAAUCAAAGACAGAUAAUGGUUAUCAAUAUCAACUGGGCUAUGCAUUAGGAACAUCUGUAGGAGAUAGAAAUUAUAUCAACAACCAUCUUAAAUUGAAGUUACUGUAUCAUAACCCUACACCAGAUGUUUAUAGAGUUGUAGGUUUUCAUGUGGAAGCUGUAUCAGUGCAUAAAGAUGACCUUAAAUUUGUGGGAAACUCUUGUAGUUUUCCAGAUAAGCCUAGAUAUCAACUUGUAGAUCCUACAACAGGCACUAAAUUAUUCUUUACUUAUGAAGUUGAAUGGGAGGAAUCCAUGGUGAGCUGGGCUUCGAGAUGGGAUACUUAUUUGUCAGUAGGAGAUGCACAAAUACACUGGUUCUCUAUAAUAAACUCAAUAGUGGUCAUAUUUUUCCUUUCAGGCAUCUUGACCAUGAUUAUGGUACGAACUCUUAGAAGGGAUAUCGCAAAAUAUAAUGCUGAUGAAAAUUAUGAUGAUGCAAUGGAAGAAACUGGCUGGAAACUAGUACAUGGCGAUGUGUUUAGACCACCCAAAUAUUCAAGAUUAUUCUCAGCAAUUAUCGGUUCUGGCAUACAAAUAUUUUUUAUGUCGCUUGUAACAUUAUUUUUUGCUAUGCUUGGAAUGUUAUCACCAGCUUCUCGGGGAGCACUCACUUCUGCCGUUAUCUUUUUCUUCACAUUUAUGGGAGUAGUGGCAGGUUAUUAUUCUGCCCGUCUUUAUAAAACAUUGAAAGGACGUGAAUGGAAAAGAGCUGCGUUUUUAACUGCCACCUUAUAUCCCGGAACAGUGGCAGGUGUUUGCUUUUUCCUCAAUUUCCUCAUUUGGGGAAAAGCAAGUAGUGGCGCAGUACCUUUUUCAACUAUGAUCUCUUUACUUUUGAUGUGGGUAUUCAUUUCUAUGCCUUUGGUAUACCUAGGAUAUUAUUUUGGAUAUAGAAAACAGCCUUAUAGUCAUCCUGUGAGGACCAACCAAAUUCCAAGACAAGUUCCCGAACAGAAUUGGUAUAUGAAUCCAAUUUUGUGUACCCUCAUGGCUGGUAUACUACCAUUUGGAGCUGUAUUUAUAGAAUUAUUCUUCAUUUUCACCGCAAUUUGGGAAAAUCAAUUCUAUUAUCUAUUUGGAUUUUUGUUCCUGGUUUUCAUUAUACUGAUCAUAUCAUGUUCCCAAAUUUCAAUUGUGAUGGUAUAUUUUCAACUUUGUGAAGAGGAUUACCACUGGUGGUGGAGAAGUUUACUUGUUUCUGGAGGGUCUGCUCUCUAUAUAUUGUUCUACUCCUUAUUCUACUUCGUAACCAACUUGAAUAUAAAUGAGUUCGUACCCACCCUUUUGUACUUUGGUUAUACAGCACUUAUGGUACUCACAUUUUGGCUUCUGACUGGAUCUAUAGGCUUCCUUGCAGCCUAUGCUUUCGUGAGGAAAAUAUAUGCAGCUGUGAAAAUUGAUUGAACAGGUGUUUUUCAAUGUGAAAAUAAUUAUGUGUAAAUUGUUAAUGAUCAUAUUACAGAUAAUUUGUCAUUAAAUAAUAAGUAUUUAUAUUAGAAUUGUGUAUCUGAAGUAAAAAUGAAUUAUUAAUUGAUUUUAAUAAGAUGAUAACAAAUUUUGUAAAUAAAUUUUAAUGAAAUCACCUA